CUAUCUCUGCUCCUUUAACUUAUCUUAUGUCAGAUCAUGUGGUUUACUGCUCUAAGUCCACUUGGAUAUAUAAUUAAAGGACAAGUCAAGUUACUCGAGAUCCACUUGACAAGUCAAGUUACUCGAGAUCCACUUGUAAGGGUUCACAACAGAUUCUUUGACUUGUUGCUAAGUCUCGGCCAGAAGAACAUGUUAGUAGGCCAACAUGUUAGUGUUCUUGAAACUUCUCCAUCUUCUUCAGUUGUGAUUUUUUGUCUCCCCAAAAGCUAGUUGAGAACGAGUUGUAUAGUAUAUGCAGACUCUGCCAUUGCAGUUGGGUUCUCAAGCUUACAAGUUACAAGGACUUUAGUCGAAUUCUUGGUAUGAAUUGGAAAGAAAGAACGUGUCCCUGAGCUUUACUCUGUUUUAGGCUGGGUUGUAGAGCCUGAGGGGAUUGUGGUAAUAUCAAACUCCAAAGAAAGAUCUCUCAUCACUUACAAUGUAGGCAAACUCUUACAUUAUAAAUCCUUCUUUUGCAUCUUUGUGCCUACUUCUAAGUCUUCAACAUUUUGGUAACAAUAAGUCAGUCAAUAACAGUUUGAGAAGAACAACUCAUGAGCAUACCUUUUUCAAGCUGGUUCAUGGUUAUAUAAGUAGCUUUGUGUCUUGUGGUACCGUUCAUAGUCCCCUUGGUUUCUACCGUCUUCUCAGAAUCAAGACCGAAUUAAGUUGCUAAAGAGAACGACGGCCACAAUGGCUGAAAAGCAAAAGGUUUGUGUUACUGGCGCAGGAGGGUUUAUUGCUUCAUGGCUCAUCAAGUUUCUUCUCUCUCGUGGCUACACUGUCCAUGGAACCGUUCGAGAUCCUUGUGAUGAAAAGAAUGAUCAUUUGAAGAAGUUGGAUAAUGCUCCAAAGAAUCUGAAACUUUUCAAAGCAGAUUUGUUUGAUUACGAAGGUCUUUCUUUAGCCAUUGCUGGUUGCUCUGGCGUUUUCCAUAUCGCUUCCCCUGUGCCUUUUGAAGGAAUUCCUCUCACAGAGGAAGAAGUGAUUAAACCAGCUCUCAGUGGCACCAAUAAUGUUCUAGAAGCAUGUACUGAAGCUAAAGUGAAGAAAGUUGUGCUUGUAUCAUCAAUUGCUGCAGUUGUUUACAACCCAAGAUGGCCUCAAGAUGCUGCUAAGGACGAGGGUUGUUGGUCAGAUAUUCAAUACCUCUACUCACUUGAGGGUUACUGGCCUUAUUACUAUCUUGCCAAAACGUUAACGGAACGUGAAGCUCUAGAGUGGAGCAAGAGAAACUUAGCUGAUGUUGUUACACUGUGUCCGUCUGUCACUAUAGGCCCUAGACUUCAGUCAAGGCUUAACUCUAGUAGUUUGGGGCUUCUCAGAUUUAUAAAAGGAGGUAUAAAAUCCUUGUUGAGCGAUCAACUGUAUCUUGUGGAUGUGCGUGAUGUUGCGGAUGCGCUUUUGUUGGUGUAUGAAAAUCCAAAAGCAAAAGAAAGAUACAUAUGCAAUUCUCAUUCACUCUACACCGAUUCUCUCAUGGAGAAGCUCAAGAAUAUGUAUCCCAAACGAAACUUCCCUGAAAGUUUCACGGAGAGAACAGAGAAGGAGGUGAAGGAAGUAAGGCUUCUAAGCUCAGAGAAGUUGCAGAAUUUAGGAUGGAAGUUUAGGGCAUUAGAAGAAACCAUUGAGGACUCAGUGGUGAGCUUUGAAGAAGCUGGUGAUCUGCCAAAGCCAUAAAAGCUUACUUCAAAGAGUCACAGUGUCGUUUCUUCACUCUUUUAUUAUUACUCCUAGAAAUAAAGUGAUUCCAUGAAAUGGUUUUGGUACAAUCAUUUUCAUGGUAAUGGUGUUCUUCUUUUGGAAAAGUCAGAUCUUUUACUACUUUCACUUACAUGAAUAAUAAUUUGAUGGAACAUUUCAUAUA